UUUUUCAUUUAUUUUUUAAAACAAAUUUUAGAAGAAUGGAACUGCCAGACCCGUAUUUACCUGGAGCAGUGUCUUUACUUGAUCAAUUGGAUAAAAAACUUGUGGUUGUCUUAAGGGAUGGAAAAACUUUAAUUGGUUAUCUGAGAACUCUUGAUCAGUUUGCAAAUUUGGUUCUUCAUGAGACUUUAGAGAGAAUUCAUGUUGACAAAUAUUAUGGUGACAUUUCUCGUGGAAUUUUUUUGAUAAGAGGUGAAAAUGUUGUAUUGGCAGGAGAAAUUGAUGAAACACAAAAAAACCCGUUAAUUAAGGUAAGUAUAGAAGAAAUUCUUCGAUUACAGGCAGAAAAGUUGGAAGAGAAAAAUCGUUUUAAUCAUACAAAGCAACAAUUUCUUAGAGGGAGUGGAAAAGUUCAACCUGUAAAAAAGAAUGAUGAAAUGAUGGAUGAAUAUUAA